CACAAAUAAUUGCAACUUCAAUUCUGAAAUAUGCACAAUUUUAAAGUUUAAAGAUGACUCUAUCUCUUCUCUUCAUCACCUUCCUCCUCACCAAUGGAGCUUCACUAAAAUCACCAAACCCUAAUUAUUGCCCUCCGUUUAACUGCGGUAACGGCGUCAUCAUUAGCUACCCAUUCUGGCACCAAGCCCAACAACACGAGUACUACUGUGGAUAUCCAGGUUUUAAUAUUUCCUGCCAUGCUCAAACUCCAGUUCUCCAUCUCUCUAACAAUGGUGAUUUUUAUUACCCAAUAAAAAACAUAAACUCCUCGAAUAAAUCUGUAACUGUCAGCUACACUGAACUAAACUGUCCGAAGCUAACACAUGAUUUUGUUCUACGAAACUCCUUGUUUAACUACACGAUUGGCAAUAAGAUUGUGAAGUUCUUUUAUAACUGUAGCUUAUACCCGCCUUCACUUCCGCAUGUUCAAUGUCUGCAAUAUGGUGGUAAGAGAUCAUAUGAGUUUAAGGAAGGAGAAAUUCCGGAGUUUGAUUGGCGGAGAUACUGUGAGUCAACUGUGGUUGCUCCUGUUCUUGAUGAGGGAGUGAAUGGUGGUUUGUUUGGGUUUAAGUUGACAUGGAAGCAACCUGCGGAUGGGAAAUGUCGGUCGUGUGAGGCUAGCGGUGGAUUUUGUGGCUAUGAUAAUGGCUUAACUGAUGAUUUCUUUUGUAUUUGCGACGGUGGAAGACGAUCAAUUAGCUGCCAUGAUAGUGGUAAUUUUGUUACAACUGCACAAGAACCAAAUUAUGCUGCAAUAGCUGCAGGCGGACUAAUUUCUGGAGCUUUAAUCAUCAUUGCCGGUACUGUGUUUUACUUGAUCCAAAGGAAGAAAAAACUCGGCUCAUAUAAACCAGUUUGAAUAACAAGAAAGCACCCAGUUUUCUGUGUAUGUGAAUUUAGUAUCAAUACUAUCAUUAAAGCUUUCAAUUGGCAAAAGGUUCUGAUUGGCCCCUGUGGUCGGAGCUAUAGAAUAUUUAAGCCCUUGAGGUGGAUGCCGGCUCACUUAAGCCCCUCUGGUUGUUAAAAUUGGUGCAAAUAACACCUGCGCGUUAACUCUGUUAGAUAGUCCGUCAAUAAGUCUGACGUGGCGUUCCUUUUUUAUGACUAAAUGUCUACGUGUCAUUGAAUAAAUAUCUUAUUUGAUACAUAAUCUGAACUUAAUAAUUUUGAUGACAAAUGUGUUAUUUAUCCACCAUUUCUCUCAACAUUAUCAUAUAAACUUAGCCUAAAACCAUACUCCUUCUCCUACCUCUACAGCCGCCGACAAUUUUCCAGCAUUAAUCAAAGUCGGAUUAUCAAAGCUAGCAAAUGUUGCAAUUACUCAGUUAAAAUUACUGCUUUCCUUUUUUCUUUAAACAUCUUUCACAAAUUAUGGCGUCAGAAAUCGAGGAACGUAUGGAUGGUGGAUAAGAUUGACGUGGACGUGAACCCACCAGAUUCGUUCGUGAUAGAGGAACGGAGGAGACGAACAGAUUAUGUGUCGUGGCGGAGGGGGUCGAUGGGGACCGAUCUGAUGAGAGAAAAGUUGGAGACUGGAGGAACAAAGGAAAAACGGAGGAAAAGAGAGAUGCGCGAUGGUGACGAACGGAGGAGAUGAACAAAAUCAGCGGCCGGAAUAGAUGUUGCAUGUGGUGGGAAAUUAGAAUUUUUUUGAAGUCUAAACAAUCAUUACAACAACAACUGAUUGCUUAAGUAAAUGUGAACUUUGAUCGCUCUGUAAUUUGUUUCUUUCUUAUUUGAAUUUCUUUUGGAUUGUAAUUUAAUGACUCUAUACUGCGAUGGUGAUGAUUGAAUGUGAGAGCAACUUUAUGGGUAUGAAGUUCAUAUUUUUCUUUGAA